CUGAUGUUACGUGUGUUUCGGUGUUUGGAGAACCCGCCUAUCAACGUUACUACUGCUGCGAUUGGCAGAAUGAGUGUGGGCUUCAUCGGUGCGGGCCAGUUAGCUCACGCUCUGGUAAGAGGCUUCUCGGCUGCAGGCGUGAUUGCCACUAACAGAAUCACAGCCAGUUCUCCAGACACAGAUCUCCCCACCGUGAUGCAGCUGCGGAAACUGGGUGUGAACCUCACCACCAGCAACAAGGAGACAGUGAGCAGAAGUGAUGUCCUCUUCCUGGCUGUGAAGCCCCACAUCAUUCCUUUUGUACUGGAUGAGAUUGGACCUGAUAUAGAGGACCGUCACCUGAUUGUGUCCUGUGCUGCAGGGGUCACCAUCAGCUCUAUCGAGAAGAAGCUGCAGCAGUACCGCUCCUCUCCAAAGGUGAUGCGCUGCAUGACCAACACUCCUGUUGUGGUGCGCGAAGGUGCAACCGUCUAUGCCACAGGCACGCACGCCGAUGUGGAGGACGGGAAGCUCCUGGAGCAGCUGAUGGCCAGUGUCGGCUACUGUACUGAAGUGGAAGAGGACCUGAUUGAUGCUGUCACUGGGCUGAGUGGCAGUGGCCCUGCCUACGCAUUCACAGCCGUCGAUGCUCUCGCUGAUGGUGGUGUGAAAAUGGGCCUGCCCAGGAGACUGGCUGUACACCUCGGAGCUCAAGCCCUACUGGGAGCUGCUCGAAUGCUGUUGGACUCAGAGCAGCACCCCGGGCAGCUUAAGGACAACGUUUGUUCACCAGGGGGCGCCACUAUACACGCUCUUCAUGUCAUGGAGAGUGGGGGCUUCCGCAGCCUCCUCAUUAAUGCUGUGGAGGCCUCAUGUGUAAGAACUAGUAGGCUGGCUGAGCACGGGGAUUUCCUCAUUUGCUUGUUUGUAGGCGGAGAGUUUGUCACUUUCACAAGCAAGCGCCGAGAGGCUAGAGUUUGCCUGGACGUUUGGUGUGCUGUCCACCGUGUCGCGGCGCUUCUGGUUGGUUUUUUCAACUCGUGCGCUCCUCGCUGGUCAAACCUGCUGCUUCAUCACCUCGCUGUGCAAAGGAGCAAGCGCGAGCCGAGCCAGCGGUUUAGCGAGACCAGAACAGCUAGAAGAACAGGUGGACGCAGCUCUCGUGGCAUGACUACCACAAACAAGGGAAACAAGGCCUUAAAGGUGAAGCGGGAGCCCGGGGAAAAUGGCACCAGCCUAACGGACGACGAGCUGGUGACCAUGUCGGUGCGAGAACUGAACCAGCAUUUACGAGGGCUGUCGAAAGAAGAAAUCCUGCAGCUGAAACAGCGGCGCCGCACCCUGAAAAACCGCGGCUACGCCGCCAGCUGCCGAGUGAAGCGCGUCACCCAGAAAGAGGAGCUGGAAAAGCAAAAGGCUCAGCUCCAGCAGGAGGUGGACAAGCUGGCCACGGAGAACGCCAGCAUGAAGGUGGAGCUGGACGCUCUGCGCUCCAAGUACGAGGCCCUCCAAAGCUUUGCCAGGACUGUGGCGCGCAAUCCUGUCACCUCCGCAAGGGGACCUAUGGCCUCUGUGAUAGGGCCCCUCAUCCCUGGUAAAGUAGCUGCCACCAGCGUCAUCACCAUCGUCAAAUCCAAAACGGAGGCUAGGUCGUAGUAGCAGCGGCUGGAGGAGGAUUCUCAUGGCUUAACUAGUCAGUGCAUUCUAACAGGCCAGGAUCUGUUGUGUAAGUUCUCAGUUUUCCUUUGGCACUAACGGUAUGCUUCCCAGCUCACUUCCAAAAGUGGGAAUCAGCAGCGUGUGCUGGCCAGCAGUGGAGGUGUAUGUGGUUGUGUUAGGGUAGUUAUUAACUGGCCCCAAACUAGGACUGUUGUUACGUCGUUGCUUUUGAAAAAUAGCGCAGAUACUGCGCAUAUCUACUUAAGACUCAUAAGUCUUUUUUUUUUAUUGGAAUUUGAUGAAUCUCAAAGAUGUUUAUAACCAGUUAAAUAUGAUUUGUAGAUGUUAUUCCUCUCCUAGACACCUGCCGGAGGAAAAGCAAGCCCAGAUCUUACUACAGAAGGCCCUCUGCUCGUUACUCUGCACUGACUUUAAGAAGAAAUGGCAUUUGGUCACAUUAUUGGUUUAAAUGCUCCAAGUCUUCAAAACAACCUGACUAAUCCCAAACUAGUCAAUCAAUCUAAUUCCUUAUAUAUUUUUUUCAGGGUUGUUCAUGAAGACUAUAGGCAUGAAAAUAUGCCCCCAAACCUAGCAUUCUGUUUUUGUUUAUGCAUCCAUGACGGGCUUCAGUGAAGUUGUCAUUAUCAACAUGACUGGUAGAUGCAAUAAUAUAAAUGUAUGCACUGAAAACACAAAGAGAUCUUGCAUAUUUAUGGUGAAUAGAAAAUGAUCAGCAGUUCUUAGAAAUAUUGUUCCAGAGCUGAAUGCCAUUCUAGUAUGACAAGAUUCCUCUACAAUAUCCGAAAACCUGAAUGUUACCACAGUAAUAUCCUAUGUUUUGUGGGUACAGUGGAAACCACAAACAUUUUGAGAUGUUGUUUUUGCUCAUAAAGAAAAUGUGUUGUUUUUCUUUAAAUGGGAUGAGUGUAUAUAUAUAUAUGUAUAUAUAUAUAUAUAUAUAUAUAUACAUACAUAUAUAUACAUGUCCCGUACAGAAUCUUUUUUUGGAAUAACUUGUUAACAAGGCCGUGUCAUAUAUUUCCAAAAGAAAGUCUUUACACAAGCUUUACUGUUGUUAAGGUGUAGAAAACUUUGUCUAAUGUUGAGUUCUUGGUUUUUAUUACUAGGUAGAAUAACUUCCAUUGUUUAUAGAAAUACAGAAAAAGAAAAUUGGGGAAAAAAAAGAAAAAAAAAUCCUGUGACAUCCUUUUUGCAAUUGUACCGAAAGUGGCUUACUAUUGAAGUCUGAUAGCUUUUUCUAGUAAAUAGGCGCGUACAGUGGGGUAGCGCGUGACGUGACGUGUAAGUGACAAGUUGACAGUGUCGUUCACUGUAUAGAUGUCAAUGCUGUGCUAUUUAAAACAAUUCUGUAGAGCUAAAAUAGAUGGUGUAAACAAGGUCAAUUGUCUUUGUGCGUUUUGGCAUCUGUGAUAUCCUCUGCUUCCUCGGUGUUAGUUACAGAUCAUAUUGUCAUUAAGAGUUUACCACAUAGAGCGGUGUUGGACAGAAAUUGGUAAAAUGGCAUCGGAGAACAUUAACUCUGAGGACUUUUAAAGUUUAAAGGGAUAGGGGAUCAAUCGUUGCAGCUGAUAUUCGAUGCCUUCUAAACACACCUUUCCUCGCUUGGAAUUGACUUCAUUUUAGGGAAGAAUUCAUUAUCAUUCCAACCACUUACUUGCAGAAAGAAUUUCCCUUAAAAUGCAGCUUUACAGUUUAUCUGUGGAUACGUUUCUUGACAAAGCAGUUUGAUAAGACUACGACGUGAAUAUUGCGCAAAUGACCUUGAGGGGAAAGCACCCCGGGGUGCGGUAGGGUUUCUACGUAUGCACUAAGCUCCUGCUUGUUUUGCUCAGGACAAAACAGGCCAAUAGGAAUGAACAAAUCUUUCUGAGAUGAAAAGCAAAGAAGCAGGGAUGGCAGCUCUUUACUCUUUGGUUGUUGUUGGUUGUUGUUUUUUUUUUUUGGUCCCUCUCUUUCUUUCCCUAUUUCAAGCAUGUCAUUAAAGGGCUUCAAUCCACACUCAGAAACAGCGCGACCAUGUAGAAUUACAAUCAUCACAGCUGCCAGCAGCGCUUCCUCCGUGCCAAGUGUUGUAUUGCUUCCCCACUCCUCUGAAAGGAGUCUGCCGCACACCUCAAGGUGAA